UCUCUCUGUUCUCAUCUCUUCUUAAGAGGUAACUAUCCUCGAAAUGGCCGGUUCUGUUCUUCAUCCCUGUCCUUGAACCUCCGCCGCUGAACACACACCAUAACACCAUCUCUCCCCAUAUAAGAAUUACUACAUGGACUUAGUGAGAUUCAUCCGUAGAGUCUGAAUUCUUCUUUUUCAUCAUCAUAUGCACGAAGGAAGAACAGUCCUUAUAUAGAUAUGGAUGCUUCAUUGCUACUUCUUGUUGGGCUGCUACUGGCCUACUUCAACAGAACAGGGGCACUACCAGGUGUGUGUUGUGGAAUGGCUGGUAACAAUUUACCAACUCCACAAGAAGUUGUGGAUCUCUACAAAGCCCAAAACAUCACAAAGAUGAGAAUCUUUAGUCCAUACCAAGAAAUUCUCCAGGCUCUCAAAGGCUCCAACAUUGAACUCGUCAUGGGUAUCCUAGAGUCAGAUCUGGGAGGCAUAGCAAGUAGCAAUAUUUCCAUUGCAUCUGACUGGGUCAAGAACAAUAUAAUACCCUACUACCCUAAUGUUAGAUUCCGCUAUAUUGUUGUUGGAAAUGAAGUAAAUCCCUUUAUUAAUAGCAAUGCCCAGUACGUUCUCCCUGCAAUGCAAAAUAUUUAUGACGCACUUAAAUCACGAGGCCUAGAGAACCAAAUCAAAGUGUCCACAAUUGUUAGUUCCCAAAUCCUUGUAACCUCUAACCCUCCCUCUAAAGGUUCAUUCAGGGAUGAUGCAAUAUCCUAUAUAAAACCUAUUACUCUCUUCCUUAGACAAAAUGGGUCACCACUACUUGCAAAUAUAUAUCCCUACUUCAUUUACAAUGCAGACCAAGAAGGCAUUGGUCUUUCCUAUGCUUUGUUUACAUCUCAGUCAGUUGUAGCACAAGAUGGUAAGCUUGGAUAUCGAAACCUUUUCGAUUCCAUGGUGGACACUUUGUAUUCGGCUCUAGAGAAGCUCGGCGCCUCUACUAUCGAGAUCGUUGUAUCGGAGAGUGGUUGGCCUUCUGAAGGAGGCAGUGCAGCAUCUAUGGAAAAUGCAGGGGCUUACAAUUCAAAUCUGAUUCAACAUGUGAAGGGUGGCACUCCAAAAAGGCCAGGAAAGGAGGUAGAGACUUAUGUGUUUAACAUGUUUGAUGAGAACAAUUAUGACCAUUUUUGGGGCAUAUAUCUUCCUAAUAAACAACCCAAAUAUGCAUUUAGUUUCAGUAAUUCGGUUUCUACAAAUGACAGUACCACAUCCGAAUCCAAUAAGUUGUUUACCAAAAAUAAAAAUCAAAUGAGCCAUAUUGCCUCAAUUGCUAUGUCACCGUUCAUCACCCUUCUCCUCUUUAACAUGUAAAGAGAACAUAUUUGAGGACUUUCUAAGAGGGGGGAUUAGAUGUUGUAAUUUCUUGGAUAGAAGAACCAAAAGAAUGUAAGCAAAAUGAAGGACCUUCUGUCUUUUGUUUA